AUGCUGAAAGCACUGAACAGGACGUAUGCUAAGCCAGUAUGGCGCAGUGCUGUACGACGAGGCUUCGCUACAUCAGCCAUCAAAGCAGCAAAUGCUGGAAUCCAAGUCGAACGCAUGGCGGGUGGCUGUGGCGCAGAGAUCGCCAACAUUGAUGUGAGGCAAUUGGAUACGACUACAGCAAAGGACGUCCGGCAAGCUCUUCUCGACAAUUGUGUCAUCUUCUUCCGGAAUCAAGAUCUGCAGCCAGCCGAGUUUGUCAAGUUCACGUCGUUCUUUGGCCAGCCUGUCGAGUAUCCAUUCGUUAAAGGUAUCGAUGGCUUCCCGGAAGUGAUUGAAGUACUCAAGAAGGAAACAGAAACUGGUGCAAACUUCGGAGGUGUUUGGCAUAGUGAUACGACGUAUCUCUCUGAGCCUCCCAUGGGAUCUGUAUUGCUAGCUAAAGAGAUUCCAGCUGUGGGUGGCGAUACCUUGUGGGCGAAUCAAUAUCUUGCAUACGAGUCUUUGAGCGAUGGACUCAAGAAAACUUUGGACCCGCUCAAGUGCGUACAGAGCUCGGCAAAGGCUGACGCGAGUAAGACGAGAGAAGACCGGAUCAAGGACAGUGGGAGAGGCAGUGAGCAUAUGGAGCAGUUUCACCCUGCUGUACGAACACACCCAGAAACCGGAAAGAAAGCACUGUUUCUGAACAUCGCGCAUACUACCAGGUUCGAUGGCUGGACCGAAGAGGAGAGCCGCCCGCUGUUGCAAUACUUGCACAAGCAUCAGGUGAAGCCAGAAUUUACUUGCAGGUUGAGGUGGGAAGCUGGCACGAUCGCAUUCUGGGACAAUCGCUGCACACAACACUAUCCGCUUAAUGACUAUCAUGGAUAUCGCCGAAGAAUGCAUCGAAUAACACUUGCUGGUGACAAACCUGUCUAG